AAUUGUAUUUACUUAUCGUUGUAACGUUUCAAUUUGUGGACGUGUUUGAAUAUUUUAGUUACAGAAUUAUAAGUAUAUCUUAUUAAUAUAAUUGAAAAAAAUAAUUGAGAUGACUUCCCUACCUGUCGUGUCUAUAACGAGAAGAGAAACUUUCAGUUCAUGCCAUCGAUUACACAGCCCUUUUUUAGGUGAUGAAGAGAACAAAAAAUUAUAUGGAAAAUGUAACAAUCCUAAUGGACAUGGUCAUAAUUAUGUUGUGCUUGUAACAGUAAAGGGUCCCGUAGAUCCACAAACAGGAAUGGUGAUGAAUGUACAUGAUUUGAAACAAUACAUGAAAGAUGCUAUAAUGGAUCCACUUGACCAUAAAAAUCUGGAUCAAGAUGUGCCAUACUUUAAAUCUGUUGUGAGUACUACUGAAAACUUGGCAAUUUUUAUUUGGGAUCAAUUGCAGAAGUUAAUGCCAAAGCCACAAUUGCUACAUGAAGUAAAAAUUUUGGAGACUGAAAAGAAUCAUGUUGUGUACCAUGGAGGGACUACAUUUCCCCACAAAUAGGUGAACUCUUCUAACUUACAUCCAGGAAAUCACAACCAUGUGUCUUCCGAUUCAGACUAGUUAAGUUCACUCAAACUAAAAUGGUAAAGGAAUAAUAUGUAGUUAUCACAUUAAUUUCACAGUUUUGGUUUCAAAUUAACAUAACUAUCUAAAUUAAAUUUUAUUCUAUAAAAAAUAAUCUAAAUUUGUGUUGAAUUACUAUAAAAAUUUAAUAUUAUUCAUUUUGUUACCUAGUGUUGUUACUGGUUAUGCAAAUGUUGCAUUCCAACGAAUGUUUGUGGUGUAGGAAUGUGAAUAGAAAAUGUAUUGAAUUAAUGAAUCUGAUUAUUUUUAUACUGCCAUUUUAAAAAGGCUAUUCCAUUAUGACAUUAGCUUAAGAGUUGCUAGUCUACUACAAAAAUGUUUAUGCUCCACUACUACUAUAUAAUUUUAAAUAAUGAUGUUAUUCUAGCGCACAGUUUAUUUAGCAAUUGGUACGCCUUGCAUUUUUAAAUGCUAACUUUUGGAUGUUUGUUUUAAUAAAUUUUUUAUAUAAAUU